UGCCCCGGCCCUGGCUUGCUCAUUCUGCUCGGCAGCGCAAAAAUGAUCAGAGUGUCGGCUUUGUUGUUGGUGUUGGUGGCAGCGGCGUGGGGUGACAGCAGGGAGGGUUCAUACCGCGCACCCUGCCAGGAGGGAGAGGUACGGUGGAUAGAUGGAUCUUGCACCGCGCCUGUGGUCAACAAGAGGUACUACAUGUACCAAUCUCCCCAUCACAAGCGACCCAAGACACACAUUCGAAUCUUCGACAACCCCAACCGUGACUACAACUACGUGUUUGUAAGAUCCCCGGAAGUGCGAUUCAGAGAACAAGUAAUUGUUGGUCCUCCAAAACAACAAAGUUUGAUUUACCUGCUGGCACGAGGAAACCAAGUCGUUCCCAGAGAGGUUGUGCAGUUGCCUGCACAAAACGAAAGGCCUGAGGUCUAUUACAUCAACUACAAUGAUCCUCAGGAAGAUUUGGAGUUGCCUGGAGGCAUCAACUUACAGACAGCACUUGCACAGGAAAGUAUUGUAGGCGAGUUUGUAGGUGGCAAUGGUGGCCGAUACGGAACCGAUUCUUCGUUGUUUGCUCGCGUUGAAGAUAUUCAGCAGAUCCAGGGGCCUGAAACUGUGUCCAUUGAUGUACACAGUGAUACGACCGCCACGGGAAUUGGGGCCGCUGAUUCUUCUGGCCUGGACUCAUAUCGGCAACCAGCCGAAGCAGUUGGUAAGUCAUUGGACAGCGUUGCUUCUGGAACAUCGACAGACGAGUCGGAUGCUGAAGCCACGUCUGGUGGAUUAUCUUCGUCAGCCUCGUCAGAUGCAUCACUUGAUUCCGACGAUGAUGCAUCUGAAGCGUCCGCAUCAUCUCAUGGUGCUGAUAGCGAAUCGUCUGCCUCCUCAUCGUCUGCCGCUGCAACAUUUUUAGGAGAUCUUCGGAGUACUGGUUCAGUGAAGUCAAGCUCAAAUAACGUAGAAACAGCUGCCACCGACAGCCAAUCAUCAGCAGCUAGCAGUUUCACUGCCUCCUCCUCUUCAUCUUCAGUAGCCGCUGAUUCAGAAUCAUCAGUUGAUACUGAUAGCGAAUCAUCUGCCUCCUCAUCUUCUGCCACAGCAACAUUUUUAGGAGAGCUUCGGAGUGCUGGUUCAGUGAAGUCAAGCUCAAAUAACGUAGAAACAGCUGCCACCGACAGCCAAUCAUCAGCAGGUAGCAGUUUCACUGCCUCAUCCUCUUCAUCUUCAGUAGCCGCUGAUUCAGAAUCAUCAGUUGACGGAUUUACUCAAGACUCAUUCGCGUCAGUCAGCGGCGAUGCACAGAGUUCAACAAGCAGCGUGGGUGGAGGUAUCGCCGUUAGCUUGGAUGGCGCAGGUUCUGCGGCUCUAGGAACGUCGUCUUUGAGUUCAUCCGCCGUCAGCAGCUCUGGAGGAGUAAUCGACAUCGGAGCUCCGGUGUUGGGCAGCGAUACGCUUGAAGUCGUUCAAGUGAACACUGUAGAUGACGCGACUGACGCACAGCAUUUCGGCUCGGCUGGCGUAGUGUCAGAUCCUCUCACUGAUUUCAUAACGUCCAUCGGCAGCGAUGCGUCUGCGGCAAGUUCAUCUGCCGGGGCCUCUCAGUCCAUCGCUGAGAACAUCGAGAGCUUGAGCCUUGGCAAGAGUUUCACUGAGGAGGAAAAUUCGGAGUCCACUCAAGAAGGCUCCUCGGUAUCCCAGUCGUCGUCAGGAGGCGAAGACUCGAGCUCUGCUGCGGGCCUUUCAUCUUCGGACGUCCACAGCGGCAGUCCCGAUGACUCCCAGGACGAUUCCGUUAGCACGCAAGACGGUCCCGCUCUCGGCGCCGAUGUCAUCGUCAAGCAUGUCCCCAAAAGAGUUUCAAAGUUUGGUUCCAAUUAGAUUAAAAAUUUAACGCUUGAACUGACAUUCCAACACUCUAUAAUGAAACGCUGGAAUAACCCAGGAAUAGGCUUCUUGUGCUCUACAACAAUAAUGUCGACUUCAACUUUUUGCAUACAUUUCAGUUUGCAGUAAUUGUUGCUUUAGUCGGCUUGCGAAGCAUAUAGCGCGUCUCUUGCCAGAACAGAAUGUCAUAGAUAUUUAAACAUUAUUCUUCCCAACAUGUUUCUUCCUCAAACGCUUCUACUGUGUCCAACAAGUAGCUUUUUUUGGCUAGCCGUAGUAGUAUUUAAUUUAAUUUUAUUACAUUAGAGAUAUCGAAGAUCAUUAUUAUUUAAGACAUUAACCACAACAUAAAAAUUACAUCAGCCAACAUACUGCUUUCAGAAGAACAAAUAUUAUUUAUUCAUAGACCAAUUUUCCUUGAACACACGGAAAACAACAAAGAUCACUGUUACCAAUUUCCUAAUUCAGGACAUUGAAACAUGAAAUAAUGCAGCUUCAAAGACUUUGAAAAUAAAUCGCUGGAUUUACGAAUUAUGUUUCUCAUUUACC